CGCUGGUUUUAGAGAAGUCAUUUUAGACAAGAAGCAGAAUGAAAGCACUUAGGAGUUAAUGUGAAGUUCAGCAGAACUUUGUCUCAGUUUGUUGACUUGUGUUCUUCCUGCUGGGUCAGUCAGUGUGUGAAAAGUUAGGAGCUUUUGAAACAUGGACCCUGAUUGAAUCAGCUGAUCUAUCCAUUUCUGAGCCGGGGGGGCUUGUGAAGCCGCAGAGAAUCAGGUUGGAGAUGGAGGACUUCUGGGCUGGGGUCCUUUGGGCUCUGAGGAUUUGGCUGUACCUCAUCGUGUGCCUCAUCAUGAUCCCAGCCAUGUUCGGGUUCUCUUUGGGCAUCUCAGAGACCUACAUGACUUUUCUUGUCAAAACAUUGGAGUGGGCCACUUUGAAGAUACAAAAGGCACACGCCGACGAGCAAGAACUUAAAGCUUUAGCUAGCAAUGGUCUUAUCAAAAGAGAAAAUGGUUCCAUGGAAAAAGAGUUGGGGGAACUUCGACGCUCCAGACCCAAACCCCCGGUGGGAGGGGACUUCACACUCAGCGACUCCUUCUAUUUCACACGGCGUGGGAUUGAGAGCAUCGUAGAGGAUGAGGUGACGCAGCGGUUCAGCUCUGAAGAACUGGUAUCCUGGAACUUACUGACCCGCACCAACAAUGAUUUCCAGUACAUAAGUCUGAGGCUGACGCUGGUCUAUGGCCUCGGUAUCUUCGUGAGAUACUGCAUUCUUGCACCGCUUAGGAUAACUUUGGCUUGCAUAGGUCUUACCUGGUUGGUUAUUGGAACGUCAGCAGUCGGAUUACUUCCUGACUGGAGGAUAAAGUCUUGGAUCAGUGAGUGGGUCCACGUCAUGUGCUACAGAAUCUGUGCUCGAGGACUUUCUGCCACCAUCCACUAUCAUAACAGAGAGAACAAACCUAAAAAAGGAGGGAUCUGUGUUGCCAAUCACACCAGUCCCAUCGACAUAGUCAUACUUUGCAACGAUGGUUGUUAUGCAAUGGUAGGUCAGGUCCACGGAGGCCUGAUGGGGGUUGUUCAGAGAGCUAUGGUCAGGUCUUGUCCUCAUGUCUGGUUUGAGAGAGCAGAGAUGAAAGAUCGCCAUCUAGUGACCAAAAGGCUAAGAGAUCAUGUGAACGACAAGAAAAAGCUUCCCAUAUUGAUUUUCCCAGAAGGAACCUGCAUCAACAACACAUCUGUCAUGAUGUUUAAAAAGGGAAGUUUUGAGAUUGGAGGAACAAUAUAUCCUGUAGCCAUUAAGUAUGAUCCAAAAUUUGGAGAUGCUUUCUGGAACAGCUCCAAGUACAGCAUGGUGAGCUACCUGUUGAGGAUGAUGACCAGCUGGGCCCUCGUCUGCAAUGUCUGGUACCUGCCCCCCAUGCACCAGAAGGAGGGAGAAGAUGCAGUCCAGUUUGCAAACAGAGUGAAAUCUGCUAUCGCUCAUCGGGGAGGGCUGGUGGAUCUGCAGUGGGAUGGAGGGCUGAAGAGGGCAAAGGUGAAGGAGUCCUUUAAAGAGCAGGAGCAGAAGAAGUACAGCAGCAUGGUGGUGGGAGAGGACAGCCACAGCGACUGAGCUCCUACGCCUUCUUCUACCAGAGAAUAGAAGGAGCAGAGGGGGGCUCUCCACCCCAGCUUCACUCUCAUCGGCAGGGAAUGCUGAAAGGCCACAGGACUUUGACAAACACUGAAAACUACCAGCUGGAAGGAGAAGAGUCUCAGUGAUUAACACUUGUGCAAUACUUGACACUGUUAAAGCAGGGAUAAGGAACGUUUUUAUUGCUGCUUGAUAUGGCUGCUGUUUGAUUAUUAAUGUUGGGAAUUUUCCGUUGACAACAGAUGUUUAAAGAACAAACUGCUUAAAUGAACCAAGGCUUGUAAUUUUUUUUCUGUCUCAAAAAUGAAAAUUUGAAAGAUUUUAGAUUGAAAGCAAAAAUAUUCCUGGAGCAAUUAAUGUUUAUAUGCAUUAAAAACCACCAACGGUUA